CUUAACAACAACAGACGAGAGUCAGUCGGGGAAAUGCACCCAGGCUGUCCUGCGAAGUUCCCUACCGAACAUUUUCGACCGACGACUGACUAAGAAAUGGACACGGCGGUGUAUCCAUCUGUGGUGAAGUAAAGUAAACGCCAAGUCCCUAAGUGAAGGUGUCCUGUGAAUGAGCAUAUCUCUGCCUCAACAAAACCACUUCAUCACUGUGAUUCAAACCCAGGACAGACCACACAGCUGACUUCAAGAAACAUCCCAUAUCAGCCAUAAGCCACUAUGUCAUAGCUACCAGUAGCUUAGCUCCCUCCCCUAUUCACCCAGUCCCUUAUACCCCAGUCCUCCCGCCUCCCCCUCUGCUUUCCCUCAUUUUGUCUCCUGAUAUUUUAACUUCUGGUAGUCACCAGCAGCGCCCCCUCUAGCAUGAUGAGCAGCCUGCACCAGCAACAUCAUGGCAGCACAGGCUCAGAGCGAGAUCUUCACUCCGCUGCCUCUACUGUCAGCCUCCCUUCAGUUAGAAAGAACCCCAAAAGGCGCCGUCUGUCCCUCCACUCACUGUUUGGUCGGCGGUGCCGACCCGACCGUGACCCCAAACGCAAAUCCAGGCCUCUGCAGGCUGGAGCUGGCUUGGACAGCGUCGUCAUCCCCGAAACUGGACAGACAGAAACUUUACAAGAUAAAACCUCUGCCCACUCAGCACCAGGCUUAGUGUCAUCUUCAUCAGUGUCAGGGUCUUCAUCAGAGUUCCUGGAGUGCCCUUUGUGUUUAUUGCGCCAUGCACGUGACUGCUUCCCAGACAUCAUGACCUGUCACCACCGCUCCUGUGGAGAUUGCCUUCGACAGUAUCUCCGCAUCGAGAUCUCCGAGUCUCGUGUCAACAUCAGCUGCCCAGAGUGUUCAGAGCGCUUUAACCCACAUGACAUCCGGAUGAUCCUGGGGGACCAAGCACUCAUGGAAAAGUAUGAGGAGUUUAUGCUGAGGCGGUGGCUGGUGGCUGAACCUGACUGCCGCUGGUGUCCUGCCCCAGAUUGUGGUUAUGCAGUCAUUGCAUUCGGCUGCGCCAGCUGCCCAAAGAUCACAUGUGGACGUGACGGCUGUGGGACAGAGUUCUGCUACCACUGCAAACAGCUGUGGCAUCCCAACCAGACGUGUGACACAGCACGACAACAAAGGGCUCAGAACCUCCAGCUGCGGAGCUUCAGGUCCUCCUCCCUCAGUUACAGCCAAGAGAGUGGAGCCGCGGGUGACGACAUCAAGCCAUGUCCUCGGUGCUCGGCCUACAUCAUUAAGAUGAACGAUGGGAGCUGUAAUCACAUGACUUGUGCUGUCUGUGGCUGUGAGUUCUGCUGGCUCUGCAUGAAGGAGAUCUCUGACCUGCACUAUCUGAGUCCGUCAGGCUGCACCUUCUGGGGUAAGAAGCCCUGGAGCAGAAAGAAGAAGAUUCUCUGGCAACUUGGCACACUGGUGGGAGCCCCUGUGGGCAUCGCCCUCAUCGCAGGCAUCGCCAUCCCCGCAAUGAUAAUUGGUAUUCCAGUCUACGUGGGAAGAAAGAUCCAUAACCGCUACGAGGGCAAGGACAUCUCUAAACACAAGAGGAACUUGGUCAUAGCUGGUGGUGUGACGCUGUCUGUGAUCGUGUCGCCUGUGGUUGCUGCGGUCACUGUUGGCAUCGGUGUUCCCAUCAUGCUGGCUUAUGUCUAUGGAGUUGUCCCGAUUUCACUGUGCCGGAGCGGUGGCUGUGGAGUGUCAGCUGGCAACGGCAAAGGGGUGCGAAUAGAAUUCGAUGAUGAAAAUGACAACAUAGGCAGUGGGGCUGCAGCCACAGACACGACGUCUGUAGCAGAAACACGGCUUAACAAUCCCAGCCUCGGCGAUGGCGCAAGUGUCGGUGGUCUGACGGGCCUGAGUCUCAGUGUCAGCGGGAGCCACAUGGAGCGUUGUGGCAUGUCGUCCACUCAGAGGGACAAUAUGAGUGACAACGCCAGCACCACAGCCCUUGCCGGGACCAGCAUCACCGGCAGCCUGUCAGGCAGCUGCUACAACAGGAUGGAAGUGCAGGCCGAUGUCCAGAAGGAGCGCUGCAGUCUGAGUGGAGAGUCGGCCACUGUCAGUCUCGGGACAGUCAGUGACAACGCAAGUACGAAAGCUAUGGCAGGAUCCAUCCUCAGUGCCUACAUGCCUCUGGAAAGAGACAACAGUCUGGAGGUUCAGGCAGAUGUCGAGUCCAAACAGGAGAAGGUGAGACACUCCAGUGUCAGUAGCAGCCUGGAUGAAGCGAGCUGUAGCAGCAGCACUGCUGGCCUUAAAGGAGCCAGCGGUGGCUCGUGCCCCUCUAACUGUAGCUGUAUGCAACAUGACAGUCAUGGCUGCCCCUCAUCUUCCUGGUCAAAGCAAUCCUCCCCCUCGAGUGGCAAAAAGAGCAAAGGAAAGCUUUGGAAAACAGCUAGUGGCUGCAAAGUUGAAACAAAAAUGAAUGAAACACAAGGAGAUAUGGAUGCUCAGCUCCUGGAGCAGCGCAGCACAAACUCCUCUGAGUUUGAUUCACCGUCCCUGAGCGGCAGUCUGCCCUCUGUGGCCGAUUCCCACUGCAGCCACAUCUCCUCAGAGCUGAGCUGCUCCGACCCUGAAACCUCAAGACCAGCUCAUCCGCCCUGCUCCGCCCCGAUGGACUCCCUCAGUCAUCCCGCAGCAACCGCCUUCAACGACAUCACCGUCACACCCAUGCCUGAGGUUGAAAAUGACCGCCUGGAGCAUAAUCUAUCACGGAGUAGCCAUGCGGCCUUCACCCAGCAUCUGCUGUCUGCAUCUCCACCCGCUUCGCCUAAAGAGGGAAGUAGUGGCAUGUUUCUGUACAUCAGUGAGGAGAAUGUAGGUGAAGUGGUAGAUUCAAAGCCAGAGGAAGAUAAGAGCGUGAAAGAGAGCAUCAGUAACGCUGCAGUAGAGCCUGUGAGCCUCACGAGGAAGCACUGUAUACAAACAGAUAUAUGAAGCAACACUUCAGUCCUCCUGCUGUUGGCCUUAUCACCUAAUUUCACUCUUAACUGAAGCAGUCGCUUUACCUGGAUGGUCAUGUUUAUUAUAUUUUUAUCCGCUGUGGAGGCAGGCAUAUUACGUGAAUGUGAGACUGUAGAGUAACAGAGGGGUUCAAGUUGGAGAGCGAUUUGUUAAUAAAGAGAGUAGAAGCACAGAAAAGUCAAAGCAGGUGGUUCAAUGUUGUAAUUCAGUGGCACAAGGAGCAGAUCUGUGACGUCUGCUGUUGAAGCCGGAGCAGCAAGAUCUAAAGAAGGUAGAGCUGAACGCAUGUGGACAAGUGUCGAGCAGGUUAUCGGUAUGAUGAGAAAACUACAGAAGGCUGAAUCCUGCUAUUAUGAUGAUCUACAAAGUCUGACCUUUUCGGUCUGUACUACUCAAUGAUUUUCUGAAUCUAAACUCGAGCUAAGGCUGGGCUAAAAAUCGCUUCUUAUUUUCAAACACUAAACUUGAUUCACAGCUUUGUAUGCAUUUUUAAACAAAGAAACAAAAAAAGGUUUUUAAAUUUACCCUUGGUUUUAAAAAGCAGCCUACCUGCUGACAUUAGAUGCAAUCACGUUGGAGCAAAGUGUGCUGUCCGCAGUGGUUUAAAAAAACAAACAAACCCUGCUACUGAGGAGACGGAGCCUUUAUUUUAAAGGAACAAACUCUUCACUGUUUGCUGUCACCUUGUUAGUCUCUCUGUGGAGACGAGCUGCAGUGAUGCACCACUAUGACCUACAGAAGCCCAGCAGAAACAAACACCACAGCUGAAAAAUAAUAGCUGAAACGAAGUGGGACCAGUCAGCACAGCAGAUUUUAUUUUUCCAUAAUCAUCUAUAAAGUAAAGUAAUUAUUAUUGCUUAUGUUUAAAAUGUGACUGUUAUUUUUGUGCUACAUGUUUGCUUAUUUUUAUUUUCCAUUUUGGGAAAGAUGGUUAUAAUUUUGAAGCCCAGUGUUGGGUCCAGACUCCUAAGUUAAAUCUGGCGGGAAACUAAGCCCCGCUUCACUUUUAUUGUUUAUUAAGCUCCUGUCUGCUGUGCUAAAAAUGUAUUUAAGGUUGCACCAAGGCAAGAAGCUCAAUCUUUAAAGUUUUUCUUUAAUUUUUUUUUUUUUUGUAUAUAAUUUAAUGAGGAGAGGAAUACGACAGGUCCUGUAAAUGCAAAAAAGUUUAUUUCGGUCUUUUUUCCUUUUAAAGUGUAGCAUGACGUAUAUGUUACAGGGCUUGUCUUGGACUGGACUGGAUUACCGUCCAAACAAUGUAUUUGCAAUACAGUAAAAACACCUUAGCUUCACUAUAAGAUGAGCUAAUGUGUCCAAUCAAGGAAAUACGUCGACGUUGUUGUACAAAUUAAACGUGGUGCAAUGAAAAACUCCUCUUGUGUGUUGGAGCAUAUUUCAGUGGUUUAAUAAUCAGUAGUGAAUGUACAGUAUUAAUGUCCCCUUUUUCUGAUUCUCCCUCAGUUAUGAACAAAAUGUUAUUUUUUCUGAUUCUCAGCUUUGGGUGUAAUGUAACCACACUGUGUUAAAGGUUGUUUCUUAAAUCCUUGCAAGUUAUUGAUGCAAAUGAUUUUAUAUUUGUUGGACCCACAGUGCCUUUCGGAGAGGGAAAUCCUUUGUAUUGUGUUUAUUUUCUCAAUCUGUGUGUCUUCAAAUGGAUGAACACAAAAAUCGUAAGUGAAUAAUUUUAUGCCUCAUACAAAAGAAAAAAAGUUUGAAGUGCAUGAAUCCUGAUAUGGAUUUUCACCUUCCUUGUAGCAUUUGAUGGGACCUUAAUGAUUUCCUUGAAAUCACACCUACAGUUCAGUAGGUAGAUUAAAACUUCUAUUUUAAAACUUGUGACCAAAGUGUUUUAGGGUGAAAGUCCUUUUUCAUAGGAGCAAUAAUGUGAAAGAUGUUUCUCUGAAGUAGCCAAAGUUUCAAAGAUGUUAGAGUUCAUUCAGCAUGUGUUGAUGAUAAACCCCGUUUUAUCCAAAGUAGUUAGCAUCAUGAGUCUCUGAGCACCGGGAAACUGAAAGUACAUCCAGUGUGCACCACCAGUGUAGCAGUAGUGACAUGAUUAAAGUUUGCAGGAUUAGCCCACCUUGUCUUUAUUGACAAAAACAAACUAUAAUCCUGUGAGUUUUAUAUUAAUAUCAUUAUUAUUAUUAUUUGACGACCAGUGCCAGGUCUUUUUCUUUCUUUCUUUUUUUUUGAACUUGGGCAAAAUUGGUUUAUGAUGGUUGGAGAGAAAAUCUAUAUUUCUUAAUUUGCUUUAUAAUUUGCAUGUUAAUGCAUAUCUUUAAACAAUAAAUUUCUCAAUCAAG